ACGUCAACCACACGGAAGAAGAAGAAGGUGUUUGUCCUGCACCUGCGUUUCAGAUCCAAGGAGCUCAGCCUCGUCGAAAUGGGUGGUUUCUUCUCUAAUCUCUUCUCAGGCCUUUUCGGCACCAGGGAGAUGAGGAUUCUGAUCCUUGGUUUGGACGGUGCAGGAAAAACCACCAUCCUGUAUCGGCUACAGGUUGGAGAGGUGGUCACCACUAUCCCCACAAUUGGCUUCAACGUCGAGACAGUCACAUACAAGAACCUGAGGUUCCAGGUGUGGGAUCUGGGAGGACAGACUAGUAUCAGGCCCUACUGGCGAUGUUAUUACUCAAACACAGACGCGGUCAUCUAUGUCGUGGACAGCAACGACCGCGACAGGAUGGGCAUAUCCAAGUCUGAGCUGGUGGCCAUGUUAGAGGAGGAGGAGCUGAAGAAGGCGAUCCUGGUGGUGUUUGCCAACAAGCAGGACAUGGAUGGGUCGAUGACACCCACCGAGGUGGCAAACUCUCUGGGCCUCCCCGCCCUCAAAGACAGGAAGUGGCAGAUCUUCAAGACCUCGGCCACAAAGGGCGUAGGCCUGGAUGAGGCAAUGGAAUGGUUGGUGGAUUCCCUGAAGAGCCGGCAGUAAAAAUCUCCCCCCCCACCCUCUUUGUACAUACUCCUGACCCUUGACCCUUCUACAUGACGCCUUGUGACUGACCCGCACCUCCUUCCCAUGUUCCACUUACCUUCGGACCAGUGAUUGCACUCCUGCCCCUCCUUCACCCACCUCAUACCCACCUGAAGCCUUGGCCAAGCCCUCCCAAUGCCUUGAGCCUGGAACUAAGAGGCGAGGGCUGCAGUAACAUCUGGACUGAGAACACACGAGUGAACGUUUCAGAUAAUCCUAAGACUGCGGUGAUGGUUAUAUUGCAGUUUUUCCAUUUUUGUAUGGUUUGGAAAAUUCCGCCAAAUGUCAGUUGAUGGUUGAAUAACACCUGUGGACAAACGUUACUACAUUUAUGAAAGUUUAGACGUUGAAUUAAGUUAUUGUGAAUGAAUAGGAAUCAAUAAAUGAGGCUAUAUGAAAAGCCCGUCCACUCCUCUGUAACGUCUCUGAAAGCGCUAGACACUGCAUCAGUUUACUUAGGCUCUAAUAUCAAUGAAAAUAAUGCUGUGAAGAUCCAGAAGGAGGCAGCGUUUUCCUCAAUGAGGCACAAACAUCUUUAGAGGUUCAAGCAUGCAAAUGUUAGUCUCACUCCUGGUCAACCAGAGACGUUAUCAUCGAGAAACUCCAUAUCCGUGUUUAUUGUGGCAAAUAUAAAAAGCCCACUACUGAUAACGACUUUAAACCUUCUGCCGAUUUGGUUGAAAAGACUAAAUAAAAAGAAUUUGGCUCCAUUCUUUGUCAAGAAAAUAGAAAAAUAUAUUUCUCAAUUUCAGCUACAUGUCCUCGAGCCACGUGUUACUGCAGCCUGGGCUGCUUUUGUAUUAGUCAGGCAGAUGCACUGAUAUGGAUUUUUCUUUUUUUCCUCCCUGUUCAUUUGUGUUCCCAAGAAAUGAUGUAGUUAAAUGGUUAAAGCCUUCUUUCCCAUUGAAAUCCUUGAGUGCGGCUUUGGCAUAUUAGUAAUUUAGUUACUGAAUGAACACUAAUUGUAUGCUCAAAGUUUUAUGGUGGCAUAUUUAUAUCUGCUUGUACAGUGACAAUGAUUCUCAGUAAAUGCUAUCAGUGAUUGUA